AAAAGAAAAGUCGUAUUUUCGGUCCGAUCACCGAGCUGGCUGGUCGCUCGCGCGGUUCGUGUCGUGAUUUUCUUUCCAGUUUUUCCCAUUCUUUUGCACUUCAUUUCGGUCCCGUCACCAUCAUCGCGCAGAGUAUUGUGUGUUGUGUGCGAUCCAGUAGGAAUAUUCCCGUCGAAUGGGAUUCGCGACAGUUCUGGCCGCAUGUGUCUGCUACUACAAUGCGAAAGCUAAGUGUCAAUACGGGAGGCAUGUCAAGACAAUCCAAACAGGCACCUCAAGUGAAGAAGGUGAUGCCACCGGCUGUUCCGGACGUUUACGGAAGAACGACAACCGGUGCCGGAGUGGUGGCAAGCUCACAGGCGGCUGCUUACGCAACUUCAGCGGCAGCCGGUAGCUCAGUGGACGACAACGGAGGUUUUAUAAUACAACAGGAAACGCCCUCGUCCCUGAUGCUGCGCUACGAUCAUACGGAUUUCGCCGAUGAUCAAGGAAUUGAUCUCACGCAGUCGCCCGGUCGCGACAGUCCAAUCAGUCUGUCCGGGUCGGCUGGCUCCGGCUCGAGACACUCAACGGCGAGUUUAGACUCAGGACGGGCCUCCUCCUAUCUAACAGGAGCAUCCACAUCUUCCAAUCGCAGUGCCGGAGGCUACGGAACGCUCAACUCUCCGCGCUGUUCGGUUAGUUCAUGUUCCAUCGGCAGCGGUAAUCGGCUAAGCAAUCACUCCAAUCGCAGCGAUCAUGACAUUAUAUCAGAAUGGCUCAUGGAGGUUCAUUUUCACGAGUAUACUUAUCUAUUUCUCGAAGCGGGAUACGAUCUACCUACAAUAGCACGAAUGACACCGGAAGAUCUUACGGCGAUCGGUAUCAAACAGCCGACGCAUCGCGAACGACUGAAGCGACACAUCGAUGCGCUCAAAUUACCUGAUGCUUUGCCUAACUACGUCCCUGGUUCAAUUGAGGAAUGGCUACGAUUGUUAAGACUCGAAGAGUACGUUCAACCACUAUUGGCGCAAGGCUACGAAACAGUUAACGAUGUCACGCAGCUGACGUGGGAAGAUCUAGAAGAUAUCGGGAUCGUAAAACUCGGCCAUCAAAAAAAGAUCUUACUCGCCAUAAAGCGUGUGAAAGAUAUCAUCAGCGGAAAACUGGGCGUCCCGGCAUACGUAGGCGCAGCAAUGCCGUUACCACAGCCAACGACCGCUGCCCUUCAUUGUCAACCGAUGCGUCCUCAGUUUGACGAGUCCCUAGAACCCAAACAGCUAACCUAUUCAACCUUCAUGCGGCAACCUGCCGUUCCCGGGGCAGAUCCGUAUUACUGUCAACAGCACCUUCCACAACAACCGAUCUCUUACCCUCAUGUCCAUUUCGACGGUACCCAGGCAAUUUAUCGUCGUAGCUCGUACGAUGACAGCGACAUCACGCCCACUAAUGAGAUGUCAUCGUUGAUGAGCGGUGAGCAUCAUGGGACGGCAGCUAAUGCCCCUAUAAAUCAUCAGCAAUACUACCAAGGUGGAGGAACGCUCCCUCGGCAGCAUCAACGCAACAGCUACGGCGUCCGGUUAACACUAUGUCAAACCCCUGCCAGCACCACUCAACGACAACGACCGAUAGCGAAAAUUGUAGCAAAUAAUCUUAAGCUGGCGCCAACGUCCGACGGUGGACCAGCUCCCCCUUACCCCAACCCCAUCUCAAUCGGUCACAUAGAAAAUGUGGAAAUGGCCACCGCCGCCCUAGACGCCAUGCAUUUCUCCAAUUACUCUUCCUUCAAUCACCAUCCGCUGAAAUACAAUCCCACGCCUCCUAGCCAACAACCGCAGCCAAUCUACCACAAUCAGAUAAUCCUCCAGCAACAGCAACAACAACAGCAGCAGCAACAAUUCUACUCCAACUAUGCCGGCCAGACGCACCAAACGACAGUCGAGAUCCACAAAACGCAGCACGACAACAAGAGCAACUCCAGUCUGGAGUCGAUCGAUCAGAUUCCGUUCGCCAACGAGAACGCCGGCACGAUCAAGCAGCGAUCGAUGAACCGUUGCGGCGAUCAUCACCCAAUGCAGCACAUGCUAUCCCAUUCAUCGUCUUCGACGUCGUCCUCUUCGUCGACGGGGUCGAUCACGACGACCCUGGCCGGGUGUAUUCAGCAGCUUUCGCCGCCACAAACCGAUCCCCAAACACCUUCGUCCGUGUCCAAUUGCUCAAAAACGCUGACUGGUAGCAGCAACAGUGGCAGCGUCAAAGGAUCGGCCACCACUUCGCCGACCGCGGCGACAUCGGGAGUUGUGGUUCAGCAGCAGGUCGGAGUCGUCGGGACGAACGUGCUGAACGACAUCGGCAACAUGUUGGCCAACCUGACGGACGAACUCGAUGCCAUGCUGGAGGAGGAGAACCGGGCCGGGAUUAGCGAUAUAGAGUAAAACGAAACAUAAAUUCACAAUUGCAAAGCCGGCUGGGAGCUGAUUCGUUGCUUGUUGUGCACCAGACUAGCAGCUCAACUCAACCAGGAAAAGAAAGAAAUCAAAACAACAAUAGUGAACUGACGACCGACCAAGUAAUGGCGACCAUGAAUGACGAAUAGGCUAUGCAAUGUCGUCAGCCUACUGUGGUUGGUUGAUUGUGAAGCUGCAGUUGAGCGUACUUUCUGCAGCAACAACAAUAACAACAGGAAGCCGGCAGCAUUUAGCGGCGACGAAGAAAAGUGAAGAAUAGGUUCAUUUAGCAAAAUUGACCGAAGUUACGGAA